UUACCACCUGCAAGCUGCCUGGCUCCCACAGGACUCUCCCUGCCACCGAUUCGUUAAUAAGAUUUCAUUAACCAAAAUAAAUCUGGAGCUCGUGUGCUAAUUAGCAGGCACUGCACACGCAGGCCUGCACAUCGCGUCCGCGCUCCUUUACCAUCGUCUUUCUAUGCCCCCUCUAGCUGUGCCCCCCUGGAGAGCUCACAGUCAGACCUGCUUCCAGGGCGCCUGGGAGACCCGCAGAGAAAACCCAGGUGAGCACAGUCCAGCCACUGGGGCAGAAGCAACGAUCAGAAACCGCCUUAGACAGUUCACCUUUGGCCAUGCUCCCAGCUGCAGUUCGCUACACAGAACUAAUUCCUCCCAACUGGAGGUCUCCUCUUCAGGGUGACAAUUCCACAGGUGCCGCUAAUAUCCUGUGUGUAAGCUGAUGACCUUUCAGUGACCUAGGAUAUAUAUGUCACAUUUCAACUGGGGGGCCUUGUCCCGCCCUGUCAACAGAAGCCCUCACUGAAUGCGCGAGCGGCACAUUUCACAGUCCUAGGGUAACAGGCAUCGCUGAUUCCUCGGGCUGCCCCACGGAGAUAUGGCCAUGGUGGCUGGAGGUUGGGGAGACCCGAACGGAGACACCAACGGGGUGGACAAGGGUUACCCCAGGACCUCCGAAGAGGACUCGGUGUCGCCCCAAGGUGGGGUGAGCGACCAGGAGCACGGGGACGAGGACAAGCCGGGCAUCCAGGUGGACUGCACGGUGUGCGGGGACAAGUCCAGCGGGAAGCACUACGGGGUCUUCACCUGCGAGGGCUGCAAGAGCUUCUUCAAGCGGAGCAUCCGGAGGAACCUGAGUUACACCUGCAGGUCUAACCGAGACUGUCAGAUUGACCAGCACCACCGCAACCAGUGCCAGUACUGCCGCCUGAAGAAGUGCUUUCGCGUGGGAAUGAGGAAAGAAGCUGUCCAGAGAGGCAGGAUCCCCCCCACCCACUCCAGCACCAGCCCGAACGCCAUGCCCAGCGGAGAGUAUUACAACGGGCAGCCGGUCUCGGAACUCAUCUCCCAGCUGCUCCGGGCGGAGCCCUACCCGACUGCCCGCUACGGCUCGCAGUACGCCCAGCAGGGCAGCGUGAUGGGCAUCGACAACAUCUGCGAGCUGGCGGCCAGGCUGCUCUUCAGCACGGUGGAGUGGGCCCGGAACAUCCCUUUCUUCCCAGAACUGCCGGUCUCGGACCAGGUGGCCUUGUUGCGCUUGUGCUGGAGUGAGCUCUUCGUCCUCAACGCCGCGCAGUCGGCCCUGCCGCUGCACAUGGCCCCCCUGCUGGCCGCGGCCGGCUUUCACGCCUCCCCCAUGUCCGCCGACCGCGUGGUGUCCUUCAUGGACCAGAUCCGGAUAUUUCAGGAUCAGGUGGAAAAACUGAACAGGCUGCAAGUGGAUUCUGCUGAAUACAGCUGCCUGAAGGCCAUCGCCCUCUUCACGCCAGAUGCCUGCGGCCUCUCGGACCCUGCCCACGUGGAGAGCUUGCAAGAGAAAGCUCAGGUGGCCCUGACCGAGUACGUCCGGGCCCAGUACCCGUCUCAGCCCCAGCGCUUUGGCAGACUCCUGCUGCGGCUCCCGGCGCUCCGGGCGGUGCCGGCUUCGCUCAUCUCUCAGCUCUUCUUUAUGAGACUGGUGGGGAAGACGCCCAUUGAAACACUAAUUAGGGACAUGCUGCUGUCUGGGAGCACGUUCAACUGGCCUUACGGGACAGGGCAAUAGGAGACAGCAGGAAUUCUCCCCUCGCGGUCCCAGCCGCAGCUCGGGAAGCCCAGCCUGUUCCACCAGAAACCCUUCCCAGCUGGGCCUUUUGCUGAGUGGUUCCUGCGAGGCCAGAGGCUCAGGCCUGCGCGGUUCUUUUCCAGGCCGGAAUCACAGACAGUGUGGUCCCCCACCCACGUGGCAACAUUAGUUAGCGCCUCGCCCGGGUGUUGCCCGUCAGCACACAUGGAACCCCCUCCCCACCCAUGGAGUGGGUCAGCAAAGGGAUGGAGCCUUUACUUUUGUGGGAUGACUUUUCAGAGGGCUACGGGAGAUGGCUCUGGACAGAUGAUGACUGGAGCCAAACAACGGGGGGUCGUGCGAUCGGGAUUUGAACUUUAUUUUUUCCUUUUUAGAAAAACCUCUCUGAAGGCAAGGCAGGCUCGAACUCCUGUCCCUGGGGUACCGGACAGCAGAGGUGGGAAAUGACUGUGGGCUAUUCUGCUGAUCUGCCGUUGCCUCUGAGCCAGUCCGGGGCGACCGGGGCUGCAGGCCUCUCCUCCCCUCAUGUCUGCCUUUUGCGCACGAGCUAAAUGACAGAUGUCCGAUAAAAUAGCCAGCAGCCGUCUCUGGCAAGAGCCCUAGAACGUAGACCGGGGGGAGAGAGCGAGGGGCCUGUCCCCUAGCCCAUGGCAGACAAUUAGAGGGAAUAACAGAACUACCCCGUGUCAGACGGGUUAAAACAACCCAGUUUGGGAAGAGAGAUGAAGCCGUACGCUCCAGGGAUGAGCCGGGGCAGGGACUGGGGAAGGAAGGAGGGGGUCACGUUAGGCUUUCACGUGGGUUCUUGCAUCAUCUCCGCUUUCAAGGCCAAAGGGACCAUUGUGAUGUAUCUGAGCUGUCACCCAGUCAGACCUGCAUCUAACGCAACGACUAGGGAGAACCCAGGUGUUGGCCAUGGGCUGACCAGGCCACAGGUCAGAUCCAGUCUGGCCUUCCACGGGGGAAUUGUUCCCUGGACCGGCGCUCCACUGCUUUGACCUGCCUGCUUCCCUCGACCCCUCCAGACAGUGGCACUUCCCUGCCAUUCAGCCCGAAUUCACCUUGGCUCUAGCUACACGAUUCCUGGCCCGGCGCGGA